GUUAUUUCAGCAGGAACAACAAGUUGUGAUCCUGUUUGUCAGCUGUUACCCAAAUUGAGUUUUCUGUUGCUGUCGCUAUCUUGCAUGUCAUGUGGAGCCCACCAGCCAAGAUGAAGCUUUGCCCCAUCCACAUGCUUUCCGUAAGAAUCAUACAAGCUAAGAACAUCAAGUCAAGAGACCUGUGGACAGUUCCACUUUCCUGCCAAAACCUUGCGGGGCAAUGUUAUUCACUGCUUGAUACCAGUCUGAAGUAUUUAGGCAUCUCAAGCUGCAGUAGACAUCUUCAGUCAACUCCAGACUCCAGCUCUGAAAGACAUCACCUUGGAGGUUUCCUUUCACACCGUUGUCAAGCUUCACAAAUGACUGCAUCAGACUGCUAUGUGCGCUUGUGGCUGCCUUCUGCUUCAAAUGGAAAGCUUCAGACCAAAACCAUCAAGAAUUCUGAAAAUCCUGUCUGGAAUGAGACUUUCUACUUUAGGAUCCAGAGAGAAGUAGAGAACAUUUUAGAAUUGGCAGUGUGUGAUGAAGAUCCACUCACCAAAGAUGACAUGCAGUUCACAGUUCUUUUUAAUGUUGCUAGAAUCAGACCUGGAGAGACACUUCGUGAGAUAUUUGCUUUGAAAUCAGAGAAGGAGACGUGCAGCAGGAGAUGGGAAAGUUUGGAAGUGGAGUUCUGGAUGGAAAGAAUUCCUGGCCCUCCAGAGCACCUCAUUACCAAUGAUGUCCUAGUGUCCCGUGAGGUUUGCUGCUUGGAAGUGCAAGUGGAUAUUAAUGAAAGCAGGAAAUAUUUGAAAGAGGGUAAAAAUCUUGUGCUUACGGUGCCUGCAUCUCAUGAGGGAACGCAGAAAACUACAGAGGACACAGAUAUUUUCUGCUUCCAUUGCGUGAGGGCUUGGGAGCCAGUUCUGAAAGUCAGACUGCAGAGAGUUUCUGAUAAGGAAGAUGACAAUAGCAAUUUAAGUGACACCUUAACCGUGCCACUGAAAUUUCUCCCGGUUGGACAUAAAGUGAAAGUAACCCUCCCUGUAAGACAUAAUGUGCCACUGCAGUUGUACCUCCAACUGAAUGAUUGCACAGAAAAACUAGAUGUGCGCUUGGGGUAUGAUCUGUGCCGAGAAGAGCAAGAAUUCUUGCAAAAAAGGAAGAGAGUGGUUGCCAGUGCCCUGAAAAGGGUUCUUCAUCUGGAGAGAGAUCUGCAUGGACAUGAGGUCCCAGUAAUAGCUGUUAUGGCAACAGGUGGAGGACUCAGAGCAAUGUCAGCUAUGUUUGGCCACCUCUUAGCUCUUCAGAAGCUGAAUCUAUUGGACUGUGUAACCUAUGUCACUGGGGCUUCUGGCUCAACAUGGACUCUAGCAGACCUAUAUGAGCAUGCGGACUGGUCACAGAAGACUCUGGAGGAGCCCCUUAAAGCAGUAAAAGAGCAAGUGACCAAAUGCAAACUCAACCUUAUGUCUAUAGAGCAUCUGAAGUAUUUUCACAAGGAACUUGCUGAAAGGGCAAAAGCUGGACACGUAUCAUCUUUUACAGCUCUGUGGUCACUUGUUCAGGAAAUGUUCUUACAUGAACGGCCAAGAAAGUACAAACUCACAGACCAGCGCAAGGCUUUGGAGCAUGGACAAAACCCAUUGCCUUUCUAUGCAGUCCUCAAUGUGAAAGAGGAAAAGUUUGGUACUUUCAAAUUUAGAGAGUGGGCAGACUUCUCUCCUUAUGAGGUGGCCAUACCAAAAUACGGAGCCUCCAUUCCUUCAGAAUAUUUUGACAGUGAGUUCUUCAUGGGAAGGCGAGUGAAGAAGAUGCCAGAGUCUCGAAUCUGCUAUCUGGAAGGUCUUUGGACAAAUAUCUUUACUAGGAAUUUGCUGGAUGGCUUGUACUGGUCCUCAAAUUCAAAUGAAUUCUGGGAACGAUGGGCCAAAGAUAUGGUGGAUAUAGAAAAACAUUCUCCUGAGGAGGAUAUCACUGUCAUCGAGCCUCCGUCUUGUUUGUCAGGGAAGUUGUAUGAAAUGUUUAAGGACAUUAUGACCAAGCGUCCACUACUGGGGAAGUCUCAUAAUUUCCUGAGAGGCUUAGAAUUUCAUAAGGAUUAUAUCCAUCAGAAAAAGUUUAUUGAAUGGAAAGACACCGUGCUGGACGCUUUCCCUAACAAUCUGACACCGCUGCAGAAAUAUCUUUGCCUAAUAGAUGUUGGCUAUUUCAUCAAUAGCAGUGGUGCAGCACUGUUCAAGCCAGAGAGGAAUGUAGAUGUCAUUAUCUCACUUGAUUAUGGUUUGGGGAAUGUGUUCAAGCAAUUAGAGAUGACAUACAAGUAUUGCAAGAUACAAAAAAUUCCAUUCCCCAAAGUGGAGAUAAGUAAAGAAGAAGAGGAGAACCCAAAGGAAUGUUACGUGUUUUCAGAUGCAGAAGACCCCAGAGCACCCAUAGUAAUCCAUUUCCCCCUGGUCAAUGACACCUUUAAGGAAUUCAAAGAGCCUGGUUUAAAGCGCAGUCUCUCAGAGAUGGAAGAAGGCAAAGUAAAUCUGGAUAACAACUGCUCACCCUAUUACCUCAUUAGGCUAAUCUACUCUUCUGAAAAUUUUGACAAACUCGUGAACCUGAGCCAAUACAACAUCCUCAAUAACAAAGACCUGCUCCUCCAGGCAAUCCGGAGUGCCGUAGAACGGAAGAGAAGUGGCAGGACUGGGCAUCUCCCCAGCCACUCUGGAGCUGGAUAUGCCUAGGCCAGGUUUUUGCACUGUUCCCCGCUGAAGGCUAUGACAGUCACAUUACAACACAUCACAGUCACAUUGUAACAUGUAACGGUCACAUUACAGCAGUGUUCAUUAUUUUCAGGUAACUGAGGAAAUCUGUACAUUUCUCAUCUUGCUUUGUUCAAGUUCCUGGCUUUCAAAAGGGUUUAUUUAAUCUCCUUCCCUGAUUUUUUCGGACCACAAGAACCUCACACUGUGGACUUAUUGGUUAAGAAAUUAGGAUCCUGAUUAGCAGAGAACUUCCAGCAUCUUGCUGAUGUUGUAGAAUAUGGUGGUGGUGUUAGUGAUAGUUCUUCAUAUGUGCCUGUCCCCUCGAUCCUGAGCCCCUUGUCAGUGUCUUUUCAAUGCUUCAUUACAAACGAAGUCCUGGCCAUUUGCAUUCACUAAUGUCCAGAUUUUCAGACAGGCUGAGCAACUAGAAUUUGCACUGAACUGAUGGGCUCAGCUUUGAAGUCAGGUCAGAGUCAUAUGUAUUUGUGAACAAUGGCCAGACUGCAAUGUGGACAACUGUAUUCUGUCUGGCUGUUUGCCCUUGCUGAUUUAGAAAUUAUUCAUUUUUUCCAUUCCCCUGCAAGAAUUUGGCACAGAAACGCUGCUCCAAGAUGUGAUGACGGGGACAGCUUCAUGUCAAGAAAAGAGGGCAUUAGCUGCAGUGAGUGAGACUGGUUCUUUUGAGCAUUGGCUGGAGGAAAAAUUCUGCAUAAGGCAUGAGUGAUUAUAUUGAUUUAUAUGGGGAGUGCCUUUAUGCAUUAAAAUAUCAAGAGCCUGAAACGAGCUUCUGGUACCAGAAACUUGGGGGGAAUAAUUACCGUAGACUCAACUACAUUUAAUUUAAUGCUCAUGACCAAGACAUAAGCUGGUGCUUCUUACGUAUGUAGGAUACGUAGGAUAACAUAACUCACUAAUAGAGUGCAUAGCUAUUGUGUUUUCACACCCAGGAGAUGUUUUUCCAUUUACAGUCUUCUAUCCUUGACAUCAUAGGCAAGGUAUUUUUAAUAGGUGCUACACUGAAAUAGAGCACAAACGAAAAAAAAUGGAAACUUUCUCACACCUCCUUGCUGGAAGAAAAUAUUUGGAAAAAUGAUGUGUGGUUUUCAUUUACUUUGGAGUGCAGUGAGAGACUUUGCCUUGAACCAGGAGUUUGGAACAUCUUUAUAGCCCUUCUUUAAGUUAAAAAGAUGGUAGGGAAGGAUACUGAGCAGUAUGAAACAGAGCACCACAGAAGUCAGAGAAUUUUCCAGACUUCCUGGCAUUGAAGGAUUUGGACCUGCUUCCAGUUUAUUUAAUGUAAUCACGGCAUGUUCAUUGGGACCUCCAAGGAAAAUCUUAUACAUUUCUUCUGUGUUGGAAAUUUACUUGAUAUAUAGAAUUAGUUUUACUUGAAAUACAAAAUUAGACAAAGAAAGAGAAACAGGGGUGUGCCUUUUUGGUAUAUGCAGACAAAAUUCAUGCUCAGAGGGAGAGCAUUUACAAAAGGCUUCAUCGUCUGAACCCUGCAUCUACUAGAUGCUGCUUAUGCUGCAGGCAAGGACAAUGAAUAAGCCUCAGCAAUAUUCCUGGUAUAAUACUAUUUUACUGAGCUAAGGAAUACCAUGCAAAACCUGAGGAGUCUGAACAACUGGAAUGCAAACGUACCAGUUCAGACCAUGAGAAGAUAAGAACUAAUCAGAUAUUGGCUGCAAGAAAAAAAAUCAAGAACUAUUUUGAGUUGAAAGGUGAGAUGAGAGCAGGGGACUGUGUCUGAAGAGAAGAGUCCUACCAACACGUCCUGGCAUGUUCAUAGUGCUGCUAAUGCAAACAGAAAUACUCACUAAAAUGUGAAAGAGCCGAAAACCCUACAGGGUUUCCAGGUAACCCAUAAUCAGUGGAGACUAAGUUUUCUGAGGGAUGGUUAAAUUGUGUCAUAGAGUGAGGGAGGUAGCUGUGGAUAAUGAAGGUAGUGUGACUGUCCCCUUGCAAGGACCACUGUCUCCCAAGGUUAUGUCAACACUUAGAUAGGGUCAGGGACUGCUGUUUAACCUUGCAACCAAGACACGUAGACAAGUAUGUGCCCCUUGAUCUCUCGGGGGCCCUACGUGGUACCCAUGUAGCCUUAAAUGGUGAUAGUUUUUUAAAAUAUAUCUUUGCAUUUCAGAGCUUGAAUUUAUGUGAAGGCUGUAUCAUUGCCCAUCAGAAUGGUGAGGGUUUUUUUGUUUGUUUUUUUGUUUUUGUGGCAUGGCAUUGAGGGAGUAUGUUGCUGGUCUGAUGGUGUGGCAGGAGGACCUGGAGGGAAUUUGUGAGGGCAAAGGCUGCUGGAGGAUUCCGCAAGGUAAAGGGACUCAGCCCUGGCAGUCUUACCCAUGCAGUUUGUUGCGAAGUGGUGUCUGGCACAUGUUCUCCCCCAAAGCAUACCUAGGCUCUGGUUCAGAGCAUGCUAAUUUGCACUGCACAAACCCCACAGAACUAUAAAGCAGUGAUGUAUGACUGAUCAGUGACCUGCUUUCAGGUCUGCCUCUUGGUCCUUGUUUCCUUUAGGAUGUAUGUGAAUCUAAGGGAAUGGACCACUGAAAUGUUGUGUGUUUUAUUCCCCAAAGGGGAUAUGUUUGUUCUUUGUCCCCAGUCUUGCCUGGCCUUGUGCCACAUACUGUUGCAUAGCUGUUUGAAUGGAGUGCAUGAAAGCCAAAGCAGGGACUGUGAGGAAAAAGCUGUCUCUGCAUCGCACUGUGAAAAGGCACAUGGCAUGCUUAUAAUCUGGCCCUUGCUGUUCUGGUGUUAUGUUUGCUUAGCCACUGAAGACGAAUGCACGCGUGCAAAAACCUCAUCCAAAAUGCAUCCCAGAUCACUGCUCUCAGAUGAACAUAAUGCUGGAAAAGCCUCGCAAAUACAGAGCUUGCUGUCUGCUGCCAAACACAAAGGAAACAAAAACUUGUUCUACUCUUUAUAGAAAACGCUUGCUUCUGUCUUUUAACCAUUUAAUAAUAUAUUAAUUAAAAAUAAAAUAUUGCAAAGGAGCACUAGACCCUUGAACGUCCUUAUGCUCUUAAACACGACUGCAUUUUGUAUUAGCACCAUCGAUGCUGGCUGCCUGCUAAGCACUUUGUAGGGCAUUUGCUAGUUUCAAGAUUGGGUGGAAAAAUCAGAAGGAUGGUGGUCUAGUUUACAAAGUCAUAGAGAGCCUGGAAAGAAGUGGAAUAAAAUAUUCCUCCUGUGGUGAAACUCUCUUCAGUGGAAUGGCACAAGAUAGGGUAAGAGGGCAGCAGUACUGAGUCAAAGCCAAGACACAGCUUUAUUUUGCCUUUUGGAGAUCUAGCGUAAAUGGCUUUCACUGAACUUUUCUGUUAUCAAUUAAAUAGUGAGUUUAAAAGUACAAAGUUUAAAAAAAAAGAAGUUUUGUGAGUUUUUUUUUUUUUUUUUACUGUAAAAGCAACUAAAAAUGAUCAUCAAUAAAGGAAAAUGCACCAGUUUUCCAAUACUUCAAUCUGCUGUAUUUUUUGUCAUGGGCAGUGGUUCCAGCAGAGCUACAGCAGAUGAGCGCACUGGACUACCCAAAAAAACCUAACAAUUAGAUCACCUUGUUGGAUGCAAGUGACUGAUCUGAAUCAGUCAGACUACAAAUUUAAACUCUAGAUGUUACAUGUGCCCAUAAAGCAUUUACAUAAACCUAGCGUUAUGCACUUUCCUUCCCUCCCACUGGAAAACUGGUCAAGGCAGAGGAGAAGUCUGCAAGCAAUGAGCAAGAACUGUGUUGCAGGCUGGCUAAAAACAUGACCGAGGUUGAAAUCCUUGUUAGAGGAGCUUAGGACUGAAUCUUCUGCUUCUCAGGGAAGAGCCCCCGGCCACUACACUGUCCUGGGUGAAAAAAAAAAAUCAUGCUGGGUAACUUUUCUUUGGCUGAGCAGCAGAGAUAAGUAGGGCAAAAAAAAAUGUUCUUCCUCAUGAUUGCACCAUACCUUAAAAAGUGAAGCCUUAAAUCCAAAUGGUUGCACCAGUAGAUAAGUAUUUAAGUAAGAAUGGGCUAAACAGGCCCUUCUCUGUGCUGCAGGGCUCAUCUGAUCACUCCUUUGGUAGCCUCAGGAGACCAGGCUAAGUCUGGCAUGGCAGGACUUGAAUCUGUCUCAGGUGAAGCAGGACUUGAAUCUGUGUCUCAGGUGAACAAUCAGAUUGGGAUGCUAUUUUUGAGGCCCACAAGGAGUCUCGUCCUUUUCCUUCUGGAUCUGCUCUGCUCAUGCUGAGUGGUGGAUAAAGGAAAUUCAGAAUUGGAGCUGAGAGUUGCGCCUAUGAACCCAUUGCAGGGGUGGACCUACAGACAUGAGAGAAUUUGGGCUCUGGACAAAAAGAAAUGUGCAGCUUUUAUUGCCUGCCUGCCACUUUCCUAUAUUAUUAUACCUCUUUGGCAUAAGGAUUUAAAGUACUCGGAGAUGAGAACACAGCUGAACCCUCUUGCAUAUCCAGGCGGAAGCAGAAUAAAGGAAAACGCAAAGCCAGCAGCAGCCCUGUGCCAGGUGCUUUUCUUCCAGGAUUGGACUUGUCACUGGAGAAGCAGUGGCAGUUGCAACUCUGCUGGUGAAGAGGAGCUACAUUUUUAAACCCAUGCUAAUUACUGUUUUCCCCUCUUGAAGAGAGAGGAAGCUGACCACAGCUGCUAAAAGUCCCAGGCACAGCACACACCCAACACACCAUUCAGACUGGACCUCUUAAGACAAAAAUGACUUUGAGCCGUCCUGGUAUAUAGACAAAUUGUCUUUGUGGUGGCAAAAGGGAAGGAAAGAAUAACAGGCAUUUCAGGUCAACACCUCCACUUCCCAAAACAACCAAACCUGUCUAACCUACAAUAAACAAAGUCCUACUAAAUUGUCCCUACCAGCCUUUUUAUUGGCUUGGGAGCUGUGUUGAGCAGUGACUAGUGGUAUGAAUAGUACGAUGUAUGACUAAUAAAUGAGUAACAUGCCCCAGGACUGACCUGUGCCAGAUGGAAUCCUCCAGGGACUGCAUGGGCUGGGCCUGGGCAGGAAUUGGGGAUUGUCAGCAGAGCUCGCUGCUGUGAUUAGACAUCUUCCCUUGGGAAGUCGGAAAGCCUAAGGCAUUUAAAGAUGUUCUGAGGAAAAACAUCAUAUUCACUAGACAUUGAAUUAUAUUAGAUAGAUAGAGUCUUGUUUUGGAUUGCAGGGAGGGACUUGCUGGCUUGGCAUCUCUGCCAGUUUCUUCAUUUUGCUUGCUCAGAGUUCUUAGAAGAAUAAAAUUUGCAUCUUCUGGCUUUCAUCCUUCCAGAAUAAGAGUUACAAUGAAUUUUCUUUUUAUGAGAACUUAGGACUGGAGCAGUCACAUAUAUGUAGCCCAGAUAUCCCUGCUGGGAAUGAGUAAUAAACAUUUAACUCUUUGCACCUCUACAUUGCCCCCUAUUUAAGGAUGCAAGGGUUUUCCUAAAGCCUUAAAGCAAUUUACAGUUUGGUACCAGAGGAGAGAGGAAGCAGGAAAGAGGCCUUCCUCCCAGAAACAUGCAGCUUCCUAGUCCUUCUGUGGAGAAGUAUAAUCCUACAUGACCAGGUCUCUUAAUGCUGAUGCAAAUAUAUUCUGUUCAGGCAGCAAGAUACCUUGGGCAAGAAUUUUGCCUUUCUGCUUCAAGCAUUCACAACUAAUUAAUUGAUAUGAGUACUACGAGUAGCAUAAAUCUGUAACUGUAUGUAAUGCUUAACUACAGAGCAUUGUAUGUUGCAGUGCGACAAAUCCAGGCAGAACCUUAAAAGACCCACGGGCAUAUGGAAGCAGCAGUUUUAAUGAUGAUAAUGACAUUUUUAACAGAAAAUACAGUCAUGGGAUAUAAACCAGUUCCUGAAGAUAAAAGAGUUGUUCGCAGGAGAGGGAAGAAGAGAAUUAACUAUCUGAGCACAGAGUACAAUAAGAUUAAGACUGGAAAGCAGAACUCAUCUCAGUGCCUCAGAUAAAACUAUGUACCAUAGUUCCAGCUUGUUCCUAGCUAAUUCCUGGCAGCCAGCACUAUUGGAAGAUAUAUGGUCAAAAUAUGGCAAUUUUAUCUUUGAACCCACUAUCCCAUUCAUGCCAAUGUGUCUUGAGGGAAGGUCUUCCUGCUGCUGCUGUACGGCAUGGUGUGGAUCUUCUCUUAGCCUCUUUGGGGCUUCUGCUGGGAAAGGUUCUCUGGGAGAAACAAUGCCAAAACGUCUCACGCAUCUCAGCUUAAGAGACACAAUUUGAACAGUUACUGCUGACAGUUACUAAAGUCUUAUUGAGCAACGACGGCUUACGCCUUGCAGGAAGUAAUGGCAUGAACUGCCUAAGCUGUCUCCUCAGUGCACUUCAAAGUGCCAGGACUUUAAUGUAGAGGUUAAGGACAUGAGACUGCAAAUGUAGGUUACAAGGAUGAGGAAACAAGAGCUGUGUGUGGGUGGAUGGAGUCCUUACUUGGGAUCAUAUGGCACAUGACGCUUCUCCUUUGGAAAACCAGACUUUGUAAAAGCAUGAGGACUGUGAAAUCUGCAGACCGUGACAUCUCUCCCAUAAGCAAAAAAAUCACUGAGAGACCUAUACCACAAUAUAAAAUGCUUUAAGGCAUUGCCCCUAAAAAUACCAGUUAGUCCAGCUAACCUGUGGGUGUGGCUGACAGGAAACCCAAACCUUGCUCGUUCUUCAGUUAACAUUUGCAAUAAUGCAAU